AUGGCACAGCGAAGUCCGCAUCGGUCCACCUGCCCUUCAGCAGCAUCACCAAAUCCCUGUGAUGCACCUGCUCGAACAGAUGCCAAUGGAAUCGAGAGCCAACGCUUGUCAAAGCAGAGGGAAGAGUUUCGAAAGCUAUGGAUAGCGAGCACAGCGGACAGCAACCUCACUCUCUAUGGCUUCCGCCGCUUCAAGACAUCGCAUCUACUGAACCUCCGCUUCCUCGAGGCUGAGAUUGCGGAGAUAGACCAUGACUUCUACCAGGCCGGCCUGAGCUUGGACAUCGAGCCAUCGAGCGUCGAUAGACUUGGGUUGGCACACUGCAAAAAAGAUGCGCAAAUACCGGCACUAGAGGAGACGAUCUCGCGCGAGAAGAUCCUGAAAUUGCGAAGUCUGAUUAAAGAAUACGACGAUGCCUUAUCAGCAUUCAAUGCGUUAACCUCCUUUGACGCCUUCUCCCUGGUCGACAACGAAGAGCAGUGCAGCACCAGAAAGGACCUGACCUUGCACGAGAUGUACAAAUCAAGGCAGCUGAGGGUGGACAAGAGGACGCGAGACCGCAAGGACCCGCUCCAAUGCCUGAUUCACAAAUAUCUGCGGGAUUUCCGCUUUCGAAGGCUUCAGAAAAGGACGCAGCCCGGCGACGAGAGCGUAAGCGCCUUCGGUUCGGGGCAGGGGCGUACGCUUCGAAACCACGACAUGCUUGCCGCUUGGCUCGGACGCCUCGUCAUCGCCAUCAUAAGUGCCGCUUUCCUCACUGUCCCUCUGGGCGUGUUGUCUUAUGAGUCACGCAAGGGCGUACAGCUGGCUGUCGUAGCAAUAUGCAUUGUUGCCUUUUCAGCCGUGGUGUCUGUCAUGUUGAAGGCGUCGAACCUGGAGGUAAUGGUUGUGUCUGCCGGAUAUGCAGCCGUGCUUUCGGUCUUUUUCUCCAAUGCUGCGCCAGGGACCUGA